UGGAAGCUGACCAGAAUGUGUUUGAAUUCAUACAGAAAUAAUGUUGAUAUUUGGAACCCAUGUCGAACUUCUAUGAAGAAAGGACAACAAUGAUUGCAGCCAGGGAUUUGCAGGAAUUUGUUCCUUUUGGUCGAGACCACUGCAAGCACCACCCUAAUGCUUUGAACCUUCAACUUCGCCAGCUGCAGCCAGCUUCUGAAUUAUGGUCUUCUGAUGGUGCUGCUGGCUUGGUGGGAUCCCUUCAGGAGGUUACAAUCCACGAGAAACAGAAGGAAAGCUGGCAGUUAAGGAAAGGAGUAAGUGAAAUUGGAGAAGAUGUGGACUAUGAUGAGGAACUCUAUGUUGCUGGAAAUAUGGUGAUAUGGAGCAAAGGAAGUAAAAGCCAGGCAUUGGCAGUUUAUAAAGCAUUUACAGUUGACAGUCCUGUUCAGCAGGCAUUGUGGUGUGACUUCAUUAUAUCACAGGAUAAGUCUGAGAAGGCCUACAGUAGCAAUGAAGUAGAAAAAUGCAUAUGUAUAUUGCAAAGCUCAUGUAUUAACAUGCAUAGCAUAGAAGGAAAGGAUUACAUAGCUUCCUUACCAUUUCAGGUUGCAAAUGUUUGGCCCACUAAAUAUGGAUUGCUGUUUGAACGAAGCACUUCUUCACAUGAAGUACCUCCAGGUUCACCCAGAGAACCUUUACCCACUAUGUUCAGCAUGCUGCACCCACUAGAUGAAAUAACUCCACUUGUUUGUAAAUCUGGAAGUAAGUAUAUUUCUAUAUUCUUUUAG